AUGUCCAGCAGUGAAUCAACUCCUCUCAAGGGAGGCGGUAGUUCCGGUCCUGGUGCAUCGCUGGACGGAGCCAAGGCGCUUUUUCAGAACUUCUGGUCGUCCGAUCACGUCCAAACAGCCGGUACUUUUGCCCAGCGCCAGGCCCACGAUCUGCAGCGCAGCGUACAAGAGGGACAUGUAUCCGUUCGUGUUUUGGCGCAGCUGGCGGGUAUAGUGUUGUGCGCGUCGGCCUUUGGCGGGUUCGUCUUCAGUCUCCUCACCCUGCAUCUCAUCCACGCAUUGUUGGAAGUGUACACCUUUGCGUUGGGCGGACUCAUGCUCUUGCUGGAAUCGCCGUCUUUCGCGGCGGGCCUCCGUAACGAUUCCACCACCGCUACCAACACAUCGGCGACUAUUCUACGCGUCUUGACUGCACGCGUUCACGCCAACGCUCGCUUUCUCAAAUUCGUGUGGGGCCGCGGGUUGCUCUACUUCGUCGCCGGAAGCUUGCACUUUUCCGAAGGCGGUCUCAUGAAUUCCGUCAUUGGUGGAUUCGUCAUGAUCAUCGGUAUUCUGUAUCUAGUACUCGGAUACCAAGCCAAUCGCAAAUUGCGGGCGGCGGCACACGCACAUCCGGUGGAUUCCUUGCGACAGCAGUUCACCACGGCCAACGAACGCGGCAACGGAACCCUCAACGCCGAAGAAUUCCAGACCUUUGUUGCCUCCAUCGGCAUGACGAAUCUCGGUCGACACGAGUUAGAAGUAGUGUACGCGCACGUACCCACGGAAAACACCAGUGGGGAGAUUUCGUGGGACGACUUUGCGCGCUGGUGGAACGCCAAUGCCGCGGAACCAGCCUCCGCAGCGUCGGUUCUGGGAGGCAGCUUUUUGUCGGUCUAGUCGACGCGGCGAAAUACAACGGAAUCGCCCGUUGUGGGCGGUUUUGCAUUGGCGUAUUCUGGAGUUCAAUUAUUGUCGGAUACUGUAGUACAUACACAUACUUCGAACUCUA